AGGGAUCUCAUCAUAUUUCCAACGUCCACAGCGGGUUCCCGUCCCCGUGAACUGUGAGACUAUGGUCUCUUAGUCCCAGGACACCUCCUCCCGCCCCGAACUCGCACAGUCCAAACACUUAACGAUCAAUGGAAGUUAUAGAACUGCGCUCCGCUCACUUGAGCAAUGCAGAAGUCCUCCAAUUCCUCAAGGAGGUUCAACAAGACCAGGUCCCACCGAGCGUGCCAGCACGGUUUGGGUUUGCGCAGGAGGAUCCGCUGGAUGAUUUACGGUCUGUCGAGAAGGAGACAAUAGCCUACCUCGAAGGCACCCCCGCCUCCAGCCAAACCGAACCCGAGAUCGCAGCCUUCAUGCAAGCGCUCCGGAGUUACGACCUGACCAAAGCCGAGAAAUUGAUGCUACUGAACGUGCGGCCGAAAUCUACGGCUGAGUUGAACGCUCUUAUCGAGUGCAUCGAAGACCGGUUCUCGGAUGACCAGCAGGAGGCUAUGGUUGCGGUUGUGCAUGAGCUGUUGCCGUAUGAGGAGCCGGAGGCUGAGGGGGCGGGCGAGGAGAUGGAGGGGGUUGAGGGGGCGGAUGGGGACAUUGCGGAUAUGGAGAGGUGA